AAUGACCUUUAGGUGCCUGACCGAAUCGACCAUAUUGGUUUUAUUUGACAUCAAGAUGCUAACUAAUCAGCCAAAAGAAACUGCCUCCGUGUGACAAGAAUGUUAUGACAACAUUGAAGAAAACAGGUGCGUGUUCAAACGUUGGCUCUGUAGCUGCAGUGAACUUGAAGCUCUGACGACAGUUUUCAAGCUGCCCUUCUCAAUGAGGUACAGAGGAGCUCAGAUCUGUCUCCGGGCUCAUGGCUGGUCCCGUCUCUCCCGGUCUGGACCUCUGCCCGCCAGAAUCCCGCUGGUCCGAACUUACAGUGCUCACCAUCCGCCCGGCUCCCCUCCGCCCAUUAACCCCACCCCUCCUGAUGGCAAGGGCGGAGCCGAGGUGGUGAAGGAGCGUACCCUGGCUGCCUUACAGCAUGCAGGUGAUAUGGGGCUGCAGUGGAGUCAGAGGUUUGCAGAUACGGCCAACGCCUGGGUCAGCUACUGGUGGGGGAGGUACGAGGAGUUCGUCGGGCUCAACGAAGUCCGCGUGGCCCAGAGCAAAGUCCAUGAGGCUGAGGCCGCGUUCAUGGUGGCCAGAGGGAUGGUGCGCGAGGCUCAUGUCAGCCUGGAGGCCCUGCAGGGCAAGCUGAAGGAGGUCAGAGACCGGCUGGACCGAGUCUCCAGGGAGGAGGCCCAUUACCUGGAGCUGGCCACGCUGGAGCACAAACUGCUGCAGGAGGAGCGUCGUCUCCGGACAGCAUAUGAGAAUGCAGAGGGUUCGGAGAGGGAGAAGUUUGCCUUGUUUUCCGCAGGUGUCCGGGAGUCCCACGAGAAAGAGAGGACGAGAGCGGAGCGCACCAAGAACUGGUCUGUCAUUGGCUCGGUGCUCGGAGCCCUGAUCGGUGUCAUGGGAUCGACAUACAUCAACCGCGUCCGCCUGCAGGAGCUGAAGAGUCUGCUGCUGGAGGCCCAGAAAGGCCCAGAGAGCUUGCAGGAAGCCCUCAGAGUCCAGGCUGGAAACCAUCGCUACCAGCAGGACGAGCUCCAAGCGCUCAUCAACAGCCUCAGGGUGGCUCUGAAUGACGCCUUCACACAGAGGGACACUGUCCCUCAGGACAAGAGAGCUCCGACCCCAAACUCCCCCACGGUGCUUCUUUCAACUUUAAAAGACCUCCAGAUCAGCAGCCAAAAGACUGAGUCCCUUCUGGAGUCCGUCCGGCCACAACUGGGACAACUAGGACAACUGGAGCAAGGACUCGGUAGAGUUGAGGGAGAAUUGUCCGUGGUGAGGCGGCUGCUGGACACCAGACCACAGGUGGAAACACAGGCUGCUCAGCCGCUGUUAGCGAGCCCAGUGAGUCCAAAGAGAGCAGAGAGAGAGGACCAGUGGGAGUCCGAGGCGGUGGUGAGGCGUCUGGAGGAGACCCAGAGGACGCUAGGAGAACGAAUUAGGACAAACACACUUUAUAACGCGGUGUUUAACUACACCGCCACUGCCAUUACCAUCUCUGCUCUCUACCUGCUGCUCAGAGGAACUGGCUAGACCUGAUAUCUGAAUAUGUUCACAUACACUGUACCAAUAUCAAUCACUGGGAGUAAUCAUCUAAAUUAAUUAUGUCAGAAUACAACAUUUACUUGGUUAGAAGUACCUCCAUUUCUCUAAUAAACUGGUUUUACGUGUUGAAUUGG